UCAUGGUGGGCUGAAAGAUUGUCGAGCUUGAAUCAGCAAUUUCUCGACCCAUCAUGGGCUAUCCUUCUUCGAUGUGAUGCUUAUUUUGGUUCGUUCACUCUACCACCCGCCGCCUGUACAUUCUCUUCUUUCUACGCAUUUACCUCUACACAUUUCCCGAUCCAUCACGAGUUAUACUCAACCUUCAUCUCUUCCCACUCCAUCCCUUGAAGCUAUUGCUUCACCCACCACGAGCUAUCCCUCAUUGAUCAUGAUGCACACCCAUAGCUAGCCCCUUAUCCGCGUCGUACAUUGUGGUAUCUUUUUACAUCGCACCACCCC